AGUCCAAAAAAAAAAAGGUGAGGCGCCGCCUCCACCACCGCCAUCACAACCGCAACCGCCUCUUCCGGCGUCCUUUAUCUGUAAAUUCCUUCGUGUCUCGCUCCUUCUUCACUAGUCAAUUCCUUUUUUCUGUACUCGAAUCGAUGGCGGCGAGAAGAGAAGCUGAGCGGAUCAAGGGCCCAUGGAGCCCCGAGGAAGACGAGUCCCUGCAGCGGCUGGUCCAGAGCUACGGCCCGAGGAACUGGUCACUCAUCAGCAAAUCGAUCCCCGGAAGGUCGGGGAAAUCGUGCCGGCUGCGGUGGUGCAACCAGCUUUCCCCCGAAGUUGAGCACCGGCCGUUCAGCCCCGAGGAGGACGACACCAUCAUCAAGGCCCACGCGCGGUUCGGCAACAAGUGGGCCACAAUCGCCCGCCUCCUCAACGGCCGCACUGAUAACGCGAUCAAGAACCACUGGAACUCCACCCUCAAGAGGAAAUCGUGCUCGAUUUCGACCGACGAUUCCAUCUCCCCCGACGACGAGCAGCAGCCGCUCAAGAGAUCGGCCAGCCUCGGCGCCGGCGGGACCACCAAUUUCUCGGGUCUGUACUUGAACCCGAGCAGCCCCUCCGGAUCCGAGCUCAGCGACUCCAAUGCUUCUACCUCCCCUGUCUACCGCCCUCUCGCCAGAACGGCGUCGUUGAUCCCUCCGUCUCUCUCAAUGGAUGUGUCUUCUUGGGAUCCGCCCACAUCGCUCUGCCUCUCUCUUCCCGGAUCCGACCCGACCGAAACCCCGAACCAAGUUCCCGGAUCCGGGUCAGGUCAUGGAACUGGUAGCCCAACAACACACGGUCCGCAAUCUCCCGUCCUCGCACUGCCGCCGCUCGCACCGGCUCCGCCUGUUGUGCAGCAGCAGGAGGUGGGUCCGGUUGUUGAAGGGAACGGGGAGAUGGGUUAUGAGAAGCAGUUCUUCAAUCCGGAGUUUCUGGCGGUUAUGCAGGAGAUGGUGAGGAAGGAAGUGAGGAGUUACAUGUCUGGUGUUGAGCAGAAGGGGAUGUGUUUCCAGGCGGAUGCCAUAAGGAACGCUGUGGUUAAGCGAAUGGGGAUUAGCAGGAUCGAUUGAGGGUGGAAGAAGAAGAAGAAGCCAUGGAUGGAGCAAUUGGACAUUACUAGUGAUUAAGAUGCAGAGGUCGUCCUCAUCAAAUGGAGGAUUGAUUGGGGUUGGGAAUGAGAGUAAACAAUGAGUGGAUGAAAUUUGGAAGGAGAUGAAUUAGAAGAUCGUCGUCGUUUUAUUAAUCGGUUGUUCUAUACAGGAAGGGGAAGUAAUAAUUUUGGUAGUGUACAGUAGAGGUAAAAAGAAAAGGAAAAAAAAUAUUCGAAGGGGUUUUUUGUUCAUUUGCUUGCUCUAGAGGAAGAUGAAUCUCUGGAAUAUGAGAGAAAGGUAGUAACAAAAAUCCAACUGUUAAUUAUGAUCUUGGGUAAAAGAAAUGAAGUGAAAAUGACAAAAGAAAAGGGGGAGAGACUCCAAUUUGGUUGUCUUCUCUCGCUCAGUAUUCCGCCUGUUCAUUGUUCUCCAUAAGCCAAUUCAGAUUGAUACAGUGUCGAAUUAGUAUUACUUACUGAGUUAUGGGCUUAUUGCCCAAGCUGAAGUUUGGGAGAAGCCCAACUUUGGGCCCAGUAAUCCUUUUCAGCCCACAAGAACCCCUUCUUUGGUUUUUGAUUGUUAGUAUUGAUAGAUUGAUGGGGAAAUGCGCUAUUAAAAGGACAUCUAUAGCUUUGUUUGCGUUGAGAAGGCGGAAUCGGGGAAAAGGGACAGAGAAAAGCAGUAGAACCACAAAUGCAAGUGGGUGUGGGUUUAAAAAAUCGAGACAAUAGUGAUGGAUUUUGGAGGAUAUUAGCUUGUUCCCCUGGCCCUGGCUGUUGAAAGUGAUUGUUAUGGCAUGUGACGGAAUUUUUAAACAAGAGCGAAGGAAUGCAAAGGUUUAAUUGUGGUUCAACCUUUUUAUACUCGUUAAAAACUGUUUAUUAGUUUAGAUUCCUACAGGAGAUUUUCAUUGUUGAAUGGCCGGUUUUAACUUGAAGCCUUAGUAGUUGUGGGCCUGUGGAUGCAUCAUCCCUAUGAGACUAUGACAAAUUGUAGCUCCAUUUUCGGCCUGGACCAGUUCAAUUGUGGCUCAGAAUCGGGCAUAUUACAGUCUCAAAGUAGGCCCAGCGAUGCUAACCCCAAUCCAGAUGCAAAAGAUAGUCAAACAAACAUACUACUGAAGAAUGAAGAUCAACAACCACAGAAAGAAGCAAAGGCUGACGAUAGAAAUAGGGUAUCUACAUUAUGCAUCACAGAUUUAGUGAGUUUUUUUUUAAGAACAAUUUUCUUAAUUUUUGAAGGUUACUGAUCACAGAUUUAGCUUGAAUUUAUUUUUUUACUGUUAAUAAAAAUUGUUAAACACC